AUGUGCAUUACAAACCCGAUUAUCGAUCCUGAAGAUUCCGUAGCCGUAGCCGCACGCACCGCCAUCCAUACAGGGGACACAGCCUCGCUCAUGCAGCUCCUCCACGAUAAUCCAGACCUCGUUAAGAGCUACAUCGGUAACAGAACAGAAGCGCGCUCUCUUCUGCACAUGCUCACUGACCAUCCCGGAAAUUUUCCAAAUGGCCCAGAAACGGCCAAACUUCUAAUUGAAGCCGGUGCGGAUGUAGAUGCUCCCUUUCUAGGACGCGCACACUCCGAAACCCCCCUUCACUUCGCUGCCUCGUGCGACGACGUCGCUGUUUUAGACGUCCUCAUUGACGCGGGCGCCAACAUCAAUGCUGGUGGAGGUGUCAUUGCCGAGACGCCGCUCGCGGACGCAAGGGCUUUCUUGCAAUUCAAGGCUGCCAAGAGGCUGAUUGAACGAGGAGCUGAGGUUACGCUCCAAGAUGCUGCGACACUGGGUCUGCUUGGUAGGAUUAAGGGGCUUUAUGAAUCCGCGACUCACCAGCCCAGCCAAGAGGAUACAGACUUUGCACUAUGGAAUGCCGCUCAUGGAGGCCAGUUGGAUGUGGUCAAGUUUGUGCAUGACAAGGGAGCAGGGGUAAAUACGGUGCCGCCGUGGGAGAAUCUCACGCCGUUGGAUGCUGCAAAGCGGACGGGGGCAAAUGAUGUGAUUGAGUGGUUGGAACAGAAUGAAGCAAACGGAUUCGCAGAUCUAUAA